AUGGCGUUUCCACCACGACUUGUGCGAUCGCGGACAACAGUCUUCAAGCCACAAUGCACGCAUCUGACUAUGACGCGGGUCUAUGACCUGGAUGCAACGUGCUUCUCAUGCCAGGGGCCUGGUCAGUUCGGUUGGCUGUAUCAGUGUACCCAGGAUUGUGACAAGAUAAUCCAGGAAAGGCUGUCAUGCAUGGACUUUUUGGACUAUGCCUUUCGAAAGAAUAUGGGAAUACGAAAAGGCAGCCCGGAAGCUCGAAAGGACAAACUAAGCUUUCUUGCUGAACUCACUCCUGAGCAGAUGGCCUGUUACCGACCAGACCAGAUUGCGACUAUCUUGAGACAACGCGAGCAGUUGAAAAAUGUCAUCGCGGAGGAUGAAUUUGAUGGAAGAGGCUUGCCUCUAUUCAAUAACACGCCUCCGCUCCAUGGCCUAGAGGCCUUUAUGGAUAAUAACACUGGAGAAUGGGCAUACGGCGAGAAUAAUGAUUGCCAGUACAGAGUUUGCCCAAGAUGUCGUCCCGUAUGUGCCGACCGGGCAUUCUUGAGCCUCGAUGCAGUUGCCAACGGAGAAGUCCCCCCAACAGCCGCUGCAGGUUUUGGAUUCGAAGCAUUGGGAGGGAGACCAGUCAUUGAUAAAGAUGUCAUCAAGUCUAUCAACGAGCAUCGCUCAAAGGCCCAAAGGCGCCAAAUGAUGGAAUUGCUCGAAGAACAAAUCGCCCGUAUGCUAGGUCGUUACCACAAAAACCCAGAUCUAAGAAACGUGCUUAGAAAGACGGUAUUUGCGCCCAAACCACCAAGGUUGCCUAUCGUGAAGAAAGUUGCACACACUGGCCAAUGUCGACAUCAAAGGGAACCAGUCCCGGUCAACGUUGCCCAAUACGAUGACCAAACAGUCGCAUCUUCACAUGUCCCUGACUUGUUGGAAAAUCUCUGGCCAUGGUUGAAUACAUUUGGCAACGGGAACAUGACUGAACCUUCUGGGAAUCAAGUCCGGGAGCAGCCACAGCGGCAAGGGUCGCGAGCCACACGUAUCCCUCGUCCUGCCACUCCUUCACGAUCUACAAGACGCCGGUUGGCCGAUCAACUCCUGUUCAACACUUCCCACUUUCCACCCGACGAAGGAUAUCCCUGGCGACUUCUUUCGAGUCGAGGGAAUAUCGAAGCGGAAGAUCCUUCUCUUCGCAGACGCUCAAAGACCACCGACUCACAGGGCAGCAGUAUUGUACACAACUUGGCAGAUUGUUCGUCCAUGCCGCUGGCGGCAAACAACGGCGUGGCCAUGACGGAGGAGAGUAUUGAGGUUGGACUCCCCGACGUAGUGACUUAA